AUGAACGACGAAACUGGCGUCCAGGUUAUGGGCGCCAGGUCCAAGCGAACACAUCGUCAAAUGUCGCAGGAUAACUUUUCACGGCGAUCUAUGUCGCAGGACUCUACUCCCAGCGAUGGGCCAUCACAAUCCCAGUGGCUGGGCCACUUCUACACCAUGUCUGAACAUCUCGACCCCGAUGAUCGCCCUUCCCGUUUGCCACGCAUUAGGACAUCACGCGACCGAUUAGAUCUCCUAAGCCCCGAUCAUGCAGCCGCUCAAGCAGAUACAGUGAUAGACCUCACAGAUGAACCCGAGACCCCUCCACGGCCUGGACGAUCGCAUGGGUCUCACAGCCGCGCACCGAACACUGGUAGACUCCCGAGAUUCGGGCGGAACAUCUUAGACAACGAUAUUGUUGAUCUUGAUGGUGAUGACGACGACGAUGAUGAUGCCGACUUGGACCUUCUUUCUGACUCUCAAGGGCCACCCCGAGGCCCAGGGCCAUCGAGCAGCCCAGAGGUGCAGUUUGUCGGUGCCACGACUCGACGUCAGCCCCUGCUUCCCUCUAGGCCACCUUGGGGUAAUAUCAGUCAUGGCUUCCAGUCGAGCUCGUCUCAGCUUUCCAACAGGUCUAUAUUUAGCCAUCUACCCAGGUUGCCACUAGACUGGUCAUCUUUUGGAACCAUACCUGGACUAUUGUCGCGUGGCUACAAUUCUUCCCAUGUUGAGAUCGAGACACUUCCUAUCGGCGAUGCACUUUUUUCUAUGCCUGAACACCUUGACUAUGGAGCCCCUGCAUUCGCAAUGGGCUCACAGCCACAUGAAGCUACUAGGCGAAGAGAUACCUACAAACCUCCGAGUCCGGCACCCGAAGGCUUUGCCCGAACACUUGGCGAGGAAGAUAUGGCGGUUUGCCCGAACUGCGACUGGGAAUUAGGAACUGGCGAGGGCAAGAGACAAGAGAUCUGGGUCGCAAAGCCUUGUGGACAUGUUUAUUGUGGGGAAUGUGCCGAGAACCGGUCCCUAUCAAAGGCCAAAAAGGCACAGGGUUCACAAAGGACAAAGCCAUUUUCCAAAUGCCAGGUCGACGACUGUGGUAAGCUAGUCAGUGCGCCGACCGCGAUGAUCCAUCUCUAUCUGUGA